AAAAGAGGAGAGUGAACAGAGCACGGGCUGAAGGGGGCAGGCCUGUCGAGUGCACAUGACUACAGUGGGAGAGAGAGAGAGAGAGAGAGCGAGUGAGUGAGUGAGAGGAGGCAGAAGGCAGAAGACAGCAGUCUGUCAGGACUGAAGGAUAGAGAGAGAGAGAGAGAGAGAGAGAGAGAGAGGCAGAUGGAGUGAGAAAACUGCGCAGUGGAAAGAGAGCCAGACUGGCGGUGGAAAACGCACAGAGCGGUGCAGCAGAGGCACCGGUGUCCGGCGAGUUGGUUUGCAGCUGAGCCGUGAUUAGGGCUGGGAGCAGGUCGGGUGAAAGGACUCGCUCAGCCGCGGUUAAGCAGCCAGUCGAGGCAGGCGGGCACAUUGCUCUUACCUCCACUCUGAUUGGCUGAGGAGUUGACACAGCUGGGACGAGUCACCACACAUACACACACACACACACACACACACACACACACACACGAGGCGGCGGCUGGCUAGUUGAAGGGGGGCUAUUUCCGUCCGCUGCUGUCAGACGAUGGUGUCGCCCAGCAGGAGCAGCAAUGCCGGCCGGGGGGAACAGGUUGGCUGAAGAGUGUGACUAAAAAAGUAUGUCAGGGCCGGAUAAGGACGAGGAACCUGCUUUCAGACUCUGCUUCUACUCUGCCUCGUUCCAGCGCUCCAACAGCCAUGACAAAGUGAGGAAGAUUGUGGCAGAGGAAGGCCGCGCAGCCCGCAACCUCAUCGCCUGGAGUGUUCCACUUGAGAACAAGGAGGAGGAAGGAAAAUCAAAAACUCAGACCAACAGCAAUGCAAGAACUCAGAGGCUCAUCACUGGUCAACAUAGGAACAAAAAGCAGGGUAGCGGGGGUGGGGUGCUGCCGGAGAAAGGCUCGGAGAAGAGCCCCACCAAGACCCGGCAGCCGCGGAAGGUGGACCUGCGUGCUCGCUACUGGGCCUUCCUGUUCGACAACCUACGCCGUGCAGUCGAUGAGAUCUACGUCACCUGCGAGUCUGACCAGAGUGUGGUGGAGUGCAAGGAGGUGCUGAUGAUGCUGGAUAACUAUGUGCGUGACUUCAAAGCGCUCAUCGACUGGAUUCAGCUCCAGGAGAAGCUGGAGAAGACAGAUGCUCAAAACAGACCCACGUCACUGGCCUGGGAAGUCCGCAAGAUGUCUCCUGGUCGUCACGUCAUGCCCAGCCCCUCUGCUGACCGCAUGGUGCCCUCACCCAAUGCCCGGCGCUCCCUCAACUUCGGGGGUCCCCCUCCGACACUGGCCCGUCUGUCCCACACGGGCCUGAGCUGGGCUGACCGGGUCAAGUCCUCCCAGUCCCUCCCCAUAUCCGGCCAGAGCGUCACCUGUGCUGCAGAGAAGCAAGGAAAGAAGGACGCUGAGGGCUGGGAGACGGUCCAGCGCGGCCGCCCCGCCAGACCUCGCUCGGCAGCCAUCGUUGCCAAGGUGACCCCAGUUGUGGCCCAUGUCAGCCCUAAGGACGACAGCGACAAGGAGAACCAGAAUCAGAUCUGCGCCCCGCACGGCCGCAGUCCCCAGGACAAAGACCCGGCGAGCCAGCCCAACCAGCAGGCCGGGCGCCCGGACCAGCCACUCCCCCGCCACCCUCGCCCCGACAACGAGAACGAGAAGGCGCCCGUCAUCGAGCCCACCUCUGACAGUGCACAGGACCAGGAACAGUGUGUCACUGCACCCUGCGAGGAGGCGACGCCACCCCCUGAUCCCCCCUCCGAAAUCCCCCAGCCCUCCUCCGACCCCAUCAAGGCAGACCCUGCCCAAACCCCGGCCCAAACUCAGACCCAAUCCUCGGCCGCUGAACCGGCCACUACGGCCUUAGCUCCAGAGUCAGCCCCAGACCCACCUCCUGACUCUCCCCCCUCUCCCCCUCCUCCGGCACCCCCCCUCCUGCCCGACCCGGCCCCGGCGGAGGAGGGUCAGGUUGGGCAGGGGCCCCUGGAGGAGUUGGGGGCUCUGGGUGUGGGUGUGGGGGUGGGGGAGGUCCGGGAGCUGGCGACGGAGCAGGAGGGUACGGCACCAUCUGCUGCGGCAGCAUCAUGGCAGACUCCCUUGGCGGUGUUGAAACUGGAGAGUGUGCUGGACCCCACAGAGCUUUCCACCCCGCAGUCCAUGGCCGAGGUCCUGGCCAAGAAGGAGGAGCUGGCCGACCGGCUGGAGAAGGCCAACGAGGAGGCCAUCGCCAGCGCCAUCGCCGAGGAGGAGCAGCUCACGCGUGAGAUCCAGGCCGAGAACAGCGAGCUGGAGACGGACAACGACUUCUCCGCCGGCAUUGGCUGCGGAGGCUGUGGACUCAACCUGGACUGGAGCGACAUGCUGGCUGACUACGAUGCGCGGGAAGCCUGGAGGCAGAGCACGUCGUGGGGAGACAUGGUGGAGGAGGAGCCGGCCCGGCCUCCAGGCCAUGGCAUUCACAUGCACGAGAAGCUGUCUUCGCCCUCACGCAAAAGGACUAUUGCCGAGUCCAAGAAGAAGCAUGAGGAGAAACAGCUGAAAGCCCAGCAGCUUCGGGACAAACUACGAGAGGAGAAGACCCACAAGCUGCAGAAGCUUCUGGAAAGGGAGAAGGAGGUGAGGAAGUGGAAGGAGGAGUUGCUGGACCAGCGGAGGAAGAUGAUGGAGGAGAAGCUGCUCCAUGCAGAGUUCAAGCGUGAGCUGCAGCUGCAGGCCAUUGUGAAGAAGGCCCAGGAGGAGGAGGCCAAGGUGAAUGAGAUUGCCUUCAUCAACACGCUGGAGGCCCAGAACAAGCGGCACGACGUGCUGGCCAAGCUGAACGAGUACGAGCAGCGGCUCAACGAGCUCCAGGAGGAGCGCCAGCGGCGGCAGGAGGAGAAGCAGGCCCGCGACGAGGCCGUGCAGGAGCGUAAGAGAGCUUUGGAGGCAGAGCGGCAGGCCCGUCUGGAGGAGCUGCUGGUGAGGAGGCGCGAGCAAGAGGCGCGGAUCGAGCAACAACGCCAGGAGAAGGAGAAGGCCAGAGAGGACGCUGCAAGAGAGAGAGCAAGAGACCGUGAGGAGCGUCUGGCAGCUCUGAGUGCAGCUCAGCAGGAGGCCAUGGAGGAGCUGCAGAAGAAGAUCCAGAUGAAGCAUGAUGAGAGUAGUCGUCGGCACAUGGAGCAGAUCGAGCAGAGGAAGGAGAAGGCAGCUGAGCUCAGCAGUGGUCGUCACGCCAACACCGACUACGCCCCCAAGCUCACGCCCUACGAGCGCAAGAAGCAGUGCUCCCUGUGUAACGUUGUGAUCACGUCCGAGGUGCACCUGUUCAGCCACACCAAGGGCAAGGGGCACCAGCAGGCAGUGCGGGAGAGCAGCAGCAUCCAGGGGCGAGAGCUGUCCGACGAGGAGGUGGAGCACCUCUCCUUAAAGAAGUACAUCGUAGACAUCGUGACGGACAGCUCAGUGCCGCCCGAGAACGCCAAGGAUGGCGAGGAGAGGCAGCGCGCUCGCAAGAAGGCCAAGAAGCUCCGCGCACGCAUGAACUCCAGGGCGAAGGAGUACGAGACGACGAUCGAGGCGAAGGCCCAGGUCCCAGACUCUCCAUACAAGGCCAAGCUCCAGCGGCUGGUGAAAGACCUGCUGAAGCAGCUCCAGGGCCAGGAGAGUGGCCAGUGGGCCAACAACCGGGUGACCGGUCUGGACCGCACCCUGGGGGAGAUCUCCCGCAUUCUGGAGAAACAGGAAAGACCUGCUGACCACCUCCCCUCCUGCUAUGUUUAUUACAGCAUCGCCUCUUACUCAACACCAAACAAUGCAGAUCAAGUAGCGUUUCAGGUGGGAGGGGGACUCUCUGCCCUGGAACAGAUUCUGCAGGUAGUCACCGCCGCCUCCACUCCGGCUGCAGUCCCACGCAUUCCACUCAAGUCCCUUAGUGCUGCUGCUCACACAUACUACCUGGCCUGUUCGCGCUGCUACAUCAACUGCGCGUACGUUCUCUACAGUAACAAGAUCACGUUCCUCAUGGACCUGCUGCUGCAUCAGCUGUCGUUGUAUGUGCCAGACGAAGAUAAAUCCAUCUUUGGGCGAAGUGUCAAUAAGCAGGUGUUUGAGGGUCUGACCACGAGCCUGCUGCACACCACGGCUACUGUGCUGAGCUGCCUUCGCUCAGCUGAGUUGGAGUCUGGUCGCGGUGGAGAGAGCCCACGCAUCACGUCCCCUGACAACAAGAGCAAGCCAUGUGCUGCUGACAGCUUCAACAUGCGGGCCCAAGACCUCAUCAGCUAUGUGGUGAACAUGGGCCUGAUCGAUCAAAUCUACGGCUGCUUCCUGUCCAUCCAAGGCCCCGUGGAUGAGAGUCCCAAGAUGGCCGCCUUCCUGGAGCAGGCUGCCGCGCUAAUGUACGCCUUGUGCAAACUCUGCUUCACCGCCACUUGCCGGUCCCUGAGCAUCUACGACAACAAGCGGCAGGACCCGACGGGCCUCACCACCCUGCUGCGCUCCACUGACCUGGUGGGUGUCCUGCACAUGCUCUACUGCAUCCUCCUGCACAGCUACCUGCCGGAGCCUCCCCACGGCACCGCGACCUCCAGCACCACCACCGCCACCACCACCUCCGGCGCCCCCACCCCCACCCCCACCUCCGCCAUCAGCUGCUCCCAGGAGCCAUACACCCCGGCGGUCAUCCAGGUGGCCCUGCAGGGCGUGCGCUUCCUCAACAGCUUUGCCCUUCUGGAUCUCUCAGCCUUCCAGUCUGUUCUAGGGGCCGAGGGCCUGUCGCUGGCCGUCCGCCACAUCGUCAGCUCGCUGCUCUGGUACUGCUCCCAGCACAAGUGUGAGGAGCUGCUCCACGAGGUCAUCAUCUGUGUGGGCUACUUCACCGUCAACCACCCCGACAACCAGGUUAUGGUGCAGUCUGGAAGGCAGCCCAGCGUCUUGCAGAAACUGUGUCAGCUGCCGUUCCAGUACUUCAGCCACCCGCGCCUCAUCAAAGUGCUCUUCCCCUCGCUCAUCUGCGCCUGCUACAACAACCAGCAGAACAAGGUCAUCCUGCAGCAGGAGAUGAGCUGCGUGCUGCUCGCCACCUUUGUACAGGACUGUGCUGCUGCUGAAAACAGCACUGACAACAGGACAUUACAACAAGAGAAAUCCUCCUCUUCACCACUGGAUUAUUGUGAGCUCUCCAACCGUUUCCCUCGAGACCUGUGGGACUCUGCUCUACAGUUUUUCCUGAAGAAACAGGAGGACUGAUUCACUUUAGCAUACAUACACUCUCUUUCUCUUUCUCACACACACAUUCACACAUACACACACACACACACACAUGCAUACACACACUCACUCACUCACACACAUACAUGCAGUUAGGUGCAGUUGCACCAAUAGUAUUUUGCUCACUAUUACACACAAGCUCCACUAGCAUGGUAAUAAUACCAAGAGCUGGCCUUUGGUCACACCUCUCAGUCCACACACUCUCUCUCUCUCUCUCCGAACGUCUUCACAGUCCGCUUGGCCAGACCACAGACACAUUCUGCCACAGGUCACAGGAGAACGCACAGGAGAAUGCAGCACAGAAGAUCAAACAAUUGGCAGCAGUUGAAGGUGUAAUAGUUUUGCUUAAUCCGUUUUCUCCUCUUUUUGAUACAUUUAUUUGAUGUGAUGUUUAGGUAAUGAAAAUGAACCCUUAAUUGCUUUUCAAUUUGUCCUUUAAAUUAAUAUAUGUUGUAAUGUUUUGUUUUUGAUAUCAUUGUUUCUCAUACCUGUAAGUCUUGUCUACAGAAUGUAGUCAAUGCAGUUUAUCUCUGCUCUUGUGUACUGUAUGGACCACUUUUCUGGUCCCUUUUCUUUGUCCCUGUAUUUCAGAGCACUAAAAGAAAGUAUAAUUUAUUGAAUUAUUUACGUAUCCGUCACGUUCUAUAAUUUAUUUAUUAUGGUGAAUUAAAUUGUUUUCCUCACCAAAAA